AGCAACGGGAUGUUGUGGGAGCACGGAUGAGGAGCGAUAUCUGCGCUUAGCACGGCGGUGGGAGGGGUUCAGUUCAAUGUUACAGAGCCCAAUGGCAGCAGAAUACUGACAUUUCCUUCAUUUCUCGCAGGAAAUGUCCCUUUGGCAUGACGGAGACGCUGAAUAACGGAGCGUGUGUUUGCGGUGAGUUUAACGUGAGCGCGCGCGCUGUCAUCAUUUAACGGUCGCUUCAGCGCGGAGCCUGCUACAAACGGACAUUCACAAAACACAGAACCGUGAAAAUAGCUGUUUAAAGUGUGUUUGAGGAAAGUGCCAGUAUCGCCGCAUCUUUGAGCUUCCGGGCGGCCGUUAAAAAACAAAAAACGCACCGCGACAAACUGAUGCUCCGAGCCGGCAGAAUGGACGAGUUUGUGACGGAAGAGGACGAGCCGUGGUACGACCAGAGAGACCUGGAGCAAGAUCUGCACCUGGCAGCUGAGCUGGGCAAAACCCUGCUGGAGCGCAAUAAGGAGCUGGAGGACUCGCUGCAGCAGAUGUACAUCAACAAUGAAGAGCAGGUGCAGGAAAUCGAGUACUUGACCAAGCAGAUGGAGAUGUUGCGAGAGAUGAACGAGCAGCACGCUAAAGUGUACGAGCAGCUGGAUGUGACUGCCAGAGAGCUGGAGAUAACCAACGAGAAACUGGUGCUGGAGAGCAAAGGGUCACAGCAGAAGAUUGACAGACUGACCGGUACUAUGGAGAUGCUGCAGGGUCAGGUGGACACGCUGACGGCCCGUGUGGAGGAGCUGCGCACUCUGGAGGAGCUUAGGGUUCGCCGGGAGAAGAAGGAGCGCAGGAAGACUGUGCACUCCUUUCCCUGUCUCAAAGAGCUCUGCACCGCCCCCAGGUAUGAGGAUAGUUUCAUGGUGUCUGACCCCGGUAGCGGAGACCUGGAGGAAUGUCAGCCGGCAGACGAAGAGAACGAGCAUCUGCGCGUGAUGGUUUCUUCUCUGCGUGCAGCGGUGGCGGCUGAACGUGGCCGGCGGGAGGCUGCGGAGAGGGAGUGUGCCGCGGUGCUCCAGGAGUUUGAGCGUCUGGAACAGCGCCUCCUGGGGGCUGAGAGCUGCCAGCGGCGCGUGCACGAGCUAGAGGCAGAGCUUCAGGAGAUGCAGCAGCUCCGCAAGUCUCGUGUCUGUCUGCUGAGCGGAGAGGAAGGCCUGGAGCAGACGCUGCUUAACUGUGCACCAGAGACCGACACUCCAGACGAGGCUGUGAUGGCGCAGAACGGGGACUCUAAUGACGGAGCUGCACCUGUGCGCAAGAGCUGCAGUGACACCGCUCUGGACGCCAUCUCUGCGGUCGACGCCUCAGGGAGACGCAAAGGCAGCUACGCUUUACACGCUAACGGCGUCCGCAAGAGAGGCAUGUCCAUCCUGCGGGAGGUGGACGAACAGUAUCACGCACUUCUAGAGAAAUACGAGGAGCUUCUUGGAAAGUGUCGUCGCCACGAGGAGAGUCUGCGGCACGCUGAAGUCCAAACGUCUCGACCUGUGUCCAGAGACCCGUCCAUGAAGGAGUGCCGGGUCGCGGAGCCACAGCAGCCGCCUCCGCAGACGCCCUCGACUCCUGAGGCUCUGGAGGGCAUCAGCCGGCAGGUGGAGGCGGUGGACAAACGGCUGAGCCAGAACACGCCAGAGUACAAAGCCCUCUUCAAGGAGAUCUUCUCCCGCUUGCAGAGGACCAAGAGCGAUAUAAACUCCACCAAAGGCAGGAAAGGUGGGAAAUAGACCACUCCCCCACAUAGACAUCUGAAACAUGGCAAACUAUGUAUGCAAAUUACAUGUAAUGUAAUUUGCAUAUACGUCCAUGCAUCAGAUCCUAUAUGGGUCUGCUCUUAACUUCUGUGCCACUGGUUUUCGUUCCCUGGUUGUUCAUGUAAUGUCUUAACUAUUCUUUAGGAAAUUGUGCCAGAGAUAUUUAGCGACGGCUGUUAUUUAGUGCGACUUAUUUGGUGCCACUGAUCAAGAUAAAUGGUGGUUUUCUAUUAACAGGAAGUUCGUCUUUUGCGUCAGAUGUGCUUUUUUGCCGGGUUGGCCUUUUAGGGUAGACCAUAUUACUCAUUCUUGGUUUAACUGUAACCAUAUUCAUCCUAAUGUCGAUCAGCGCUGGAAGACAUGAUGCUGAUCCUUGCUGAUCGUUUCCUUUCUCACAUGUAUCACGUCAUGGAUAAUUACAGCCUUGUGUAACCACUUUUGUUCAAUAUUAAAUCACACUUUGCUUUAGAA